UGUCUUUGAUGAGGCAUGCAUUUGCAUCCCAGUCUCUCUUCACGUGAACAUCUCUUGCUGGAGUAAGUGAAACCGCCCAUGAGACUCGCAAUUUAAGCUAACACUCAGCCACUCAUAAAAACAAGGAGUCCAUUUCAACGGGACAACGAUGGCGUCAAAAUGUCCUAAAUGUGAUAAAACGGUCUACUUUGCGGAGAAGGUGACAUCCCUGGGGAAAGACUGGCAUAAGUUUUGCCUGAAGUGUGAGCGCUGCAGCAAGACGCUGAUCCCUGGAGGUCAUGCAGAGCAUGAUGGGAAACCUUACUGCCACAAGCCAUGCUAUGCUGCCCUCUAUGGACCAAAAGGUGUGAACAUUGGAGGAGCUGGCUCCUAUGUCUAUGAUACCCCUGUCACCGAGGAUGCUGCCAGCGUUCCCACGGAAACUGAGCCGAAGCCGGCAGAGAAGAAAGCAUCCGCCCCCCCCAAAGGCCCAGUGAAAGCUGCAAGUUUCACAUCCUUCGCUGGACAGCCAAACGUCUGCCCACGAUGCAGCAAGACAGUGUAUUUUGCUGAAAAGGUGACAUCCCUUGGUAAGGAUUGGCACCGUCCCUGCUUGCGCUGUGAGAGGUGUAGCAAGACUCUGGCACCAGGGGGCCAUGCAGAGCAUGAUGGCCAGCCCUACUGUCACAAACCAUGCUAUGCUGUCCUGUUUGGACCCAAAGGUGUAAACACUGGAGGAGUGGGAAGUUAUAUUUAUGAUGAGCCCAACGCUGAGCCCCAACCUUGAGUCUUUUAACUCUCAGCCUCCCGGCCACCAGCACCACACACCAGGCUACCCAGCUCUUCUCUUCCGAUGAUGUGCAACUGUGGAUCUCCAUCUCUAACUUCGCUCCAUAGCCAUUUGACCACUUCUUUUAAUACUCUCCGUCUUCUCUUUCCUGUAGCCAUAUUUGUUGGUGUGUGUAUGUGUGUGUGUGUGUGUGUGUGUGUGUGUGUGGGGGGGGACUUGUAGUCCAUCAACCACUAGCUAGUCUGCUGCUGUCUGCUUUUCUAGAGAAAUGGAAAAAAAAUAACCGUAUGUGCCCUUCCAAAGGCAUGAACGUAGAUGUGUGCAUUUUGAGAAUAACCUGUUAAUGUAUUUCUACAUUAUUUGGAUAUAUUUUUUGUAAGAUUCUUUGCCCUUGUGUUAAUAUAUGGUGUUACUUUUUUUGAAAACCUUAUAUGCAAAGUGCCAUGUGAGUAAUCUGCCAACGAUAUGAUAAGGACACGGACAUGGGUCAGUGGGAUGUGUUAAGUCUCUGAGUGUUAGUGUGGCAAAGGCUUCACGUUCGGUAAGAAAUACCUCUCUAGAAUAGAACUAGAUGAUUUGAAAUUCACAUAUAGAGAUUUGAGACAACUCCCAAGUGUUUUUUUACCUGCUAAGGUUUAGGAGUCAGAUUCUAUAGUAUGUUUGUAUUUGUUAUUACUAACAACUGUUUAGACAUAUACUUUCUAUUGUUCAUUUUCUUGAGCACCUGUUUCAUAGAAGAAUUGAUUUGACACAGAAUUUUUUACAUAAAGAUGUGAAUGUGUGACAAAA